AUGUUAUGUUGCCACCACCAUAAACGACUUCCACCAUCGGACCGGCCACCACCACCGAUCUUCGUCGAAGGCGCCGCUUAUGACUUAGCCAUGCGAUUCCAGCAACACAUGCCGUGGCACAAGAUGGUUGCUGAGAAAGGUGUCUAUCUGCUGUUCAUCUUUCUUACUCUGACAUGCGUCUUUUCUCACUCCUGGACGCCUCAAAAUGAAGGCAGAAAGCUGUUCGGUGGCUACACGAUAAUACCGAAGGUGUGCCGGCCGUCGUUACCGUCGCGCAUCAAGUCGAGCGAGCCACCGAUAUGCAUGUUUAAUUAUGAAUGCACACGGCGUAACGGUGAGGUCGUCGGCGCCUGCAUGGACGGCUUCCUUUUCGGUGCGUGCUGCCAAUUACCACCGAAGAACUCAAUGAGUGGCAACGAUGAUCCGCUCGGCACCGAGUUUAUUAAUUUGGACCAGGUCGACCAUGUACCCGACAUACCUAUCCUGCUGAAUUCAGAUGGCAUGCCGAUUGGCAUGUCACCGAGUGGCGAGACCACGAAGAUUGACAAGCCAAAUGUCUCCAGCGGCAGCGAAACAGUAUACACGAAGAUCUCUAGUUCAAAUCAAGGCUCUUCGCCGACGCUAUCAUUGUCCAAUACGGCAAACAAUGCCGAAAAAAUACAAAUAUCCCAACAGGCAGACGUAAAUCAGUUGGCCGAUGGUUUCCCAGCUCUUCUAGGUCAGCAGGACAUCAUCGAUGACCUGAGAUUGCCAGAAUUAUUAAUGCAUUCAGAUUCUAAUAACGAUAUCCAGAAUCACCAAGAUUCGUCAGGGGAGAAACCAAUCGCUACAUUAUUAAGUCCCGAUCAGAUUCUGCAAAUAGUGGAUCCAGUCGAUCAGCUUCCGGCAUUAUUCUUGCACGGAUUGGGCCAAAACAAUCACAGCGAUCCAGAGACGAUAUUGUUGAAUGAAAACGGUACGAUGCUCGAAGAGAUCAACAAUCCGGACGAGAUUUUCCGACCCUCCCUCACUGAAACACCGAUCGAUAAGGUCACACAAGAUGGAAACACAUGGAUAAAAUUUUCAGAGCAGUCUGAAUCUUCCAUGCUAGAGUUGACGUCUACGUCGCAAGCUCCCAAAUUGACAUCUAUGAUAACGAAUAUACCUAUGGUGACUCAAAUGUACACCAACGUGCAAAAACUUACGAAUGGUCUAUCCAGCACACCACUGGCAAAUACAUUCGAAAAAAUAAGCACAGUUGAGAAGAAAAUGACUACAAAAAUGAUGACGGAUUCAAUAAAAAUCGAAACUACUACGCCAAUGACCUCCUCACCAAGCAUCAAAGACGAUUUGGUGAAGGUACCCACCAUUAUAUACGAUUUGCCAUCGGGCAACAAGAAGAAGGACGAUGUCAUUUAUGAUAAAGAGGAAAUCGCUAUUAAUCACAUCAUUUCCAUUCUGAAUGACACUACACCGAAUGCAGACGUAUCAGUGACUCUACCGGUUCCUAAUUCUUCGCCGGUUCAGGCCUGGGUGAGUAUUGACGAGACCUCAAAACCUAUCCAUCAUAUCAAAGUCAGUUCUUCGAAUUAUCGACCUACAACGCCCGCGUCCUCGACUUUCCCGUACAGUUAUUACAAACCUGGUUUCAUACAGUCUAAACCUUCGUCGGCGUACUACAACUACGAGCUCGUACCUACCGAGACGACUUACACGUCGCAUCAUCAGACAUCGAGUGGCUCACGACCAUCCACGCAAACGUACUCCGGCGCUUCCAGCGGUAGUUUCAUCAGCAACCGACCUACGACAAACCCUCCGGCGCCGACCGUGAUAGUUCUCGGCCCGCUUGGAACGAGCUUUACCACGCAAACUACUCAGAAACCUGUCACGAGGAAGCCUUCGGGCACAACUAUCAAGCCCACUUCAAUUUUGAUUAAAACUACUCCUGUUAGACCUAUCAGCCUAAUCACCAAGAAACCCAGCGUGUCCACUACCAUAACUCACAACAUCAGUACCGUAAUUUCCAACGUUCCCAGUAGCAAUGUAGUCUCUACUAGCUAUAUCAGCGUCAACCUGAAGGAUGGCACCAGCGCGAAACCAACAGUUGACGUUAGCACCGAGGCGAUCGAGGAAAUCGCAAACACAAAGAUUCGGCCGAGCACGAAAAGGCCCGUGAUUUGGACCACGGUCUCUUCGUGGUCGAGUAAACCAACGUUUAAUUUGAAACCGUCGACGUCUAACGUCAAUUGGCCUUCCAAUAAUUUGACGCCGGUUAUAUUCAAAGAUACUGUAAAUAAGGCUACUACCAGUGCACCUUGCGAUGAUGAGACUGCGGCACCAGACGAUCUCAUCAAUUUCCCGCCAGUGCGAAAUCCGAACCUCAACAUCUCUAUGCCGAUCUCGCAGCAGGAGAAACCGACGAUUGUCGAGACAUACAAUAACACCGGAUAUCCGGAUAUUGAACUCAUCAGCGAGCACGAUAUUCCAACGCCCACAUUCGUUGAGGAUGAUGUGCUGACGAACAAAGUUGAUGCUUUCGUUAUCAAGCUCGUCGAAUCGCUGCAGGGUACCUUUGAGAAUCUAAAAGACAUAGUCUACACUCGAAAUGGCACCAUAGAGAAUUCAACAACGCCUUCUAUCGUAACGAAAAGACCUUCAACAGGAAGCACUACGACAAAAAGAUCUACGCGAAAGCCCACAACUAGACCGGUGUCAUCCUCGCCGUCGGCGACGACGAAAAGGCCAUCCGCAACCACUAAGAGGACUACUCGUUCAACUCAAAAACCGUCGUCGUCUGAGAAACCGACGCGUCCCACUAAAGUGACUACUCUGAAACCUAAACCAAACACAUCGCAGAACGUCACAACGAAAAGGCCCCAAGUAAUAACGAGGCGUCCGACAAAGCCGACCAGGAAAUCCACGAUUCCAUCGUCCAGCAGUACGGAGGCGAUUUCGCUAGAAGAACAGAGUCUGCAUACGACUGCAAGCAGUGUUGCAGAAACGAAUCCCGUGGCCGACUUUAGGACUCAAUGCGGCGUGAGACCUCUGAUCUCGAAAAGAUCAGGAAAAGUAGUCGGCGGAAAAGGCGCAGAUUUUGGAGAGUGGCCAUGGCAGGUUUUGGUUCGCGAGGCGACCUGGCUCGGCUUGUUCACGAAGAAUAAAUGCGGAGGUGUACUUAUCACUGAUAAAUAUGUGAUAACAGCAGCCCAUUGUCAACCAGGCUUCCUGGCUUCUUUGGUCGCGGUAUUCGGCGAGUACGAUAUUUCGGGCGAGUUGGAACCAAAGCGCAGCGUUACGAAAAACGUACGCCGUGUUAUCGUGAACCGCGGUUACGAUCCGGCGACAUUCGAGAAUGAUUUGGCGCUUUUGGAGCUUGAAUCACCGGUGCAGUUUGAUGAGCACAUCGUACCGAUUUGUAUGCCAGAAGACGGCAUCGACUUCACCGGCCGAAUGGCGACGGUCACAGGCUGGGGCCGACUUAAAUACAAUGGUGGGGUGCCGUCAGUGCUGCAGGAGGUCCAAGUGCCUAUAAUGGAGAACUCGGUUUGCCAGGAGAUGUUCCAAACCGCCGAUCACGCGAAAUUGAUUUUGGAUAGCUUCCUCUGCGCUGGAUACGCUAAUGGCCAGAAGGAUUCUUGUGAGGGUGACAGUGGUGGCCCGCUAGUGAUGGAGCGACCGGACGGCAGAUGGUUCCUAGUCGGGACCGUGUCUCACGGUAUUAAAUGUGCGGCUCCGUAUCUACCGGGUGUGUACAUGAGGACGACUUACUUCAAGCCCUGGUUGCACAGUAUCACUGGAGUCUGAGAAUUGCGGGCCGCAAUCGUCAUCUCACGUUCUCGCGUAACUGCGCGAGCGGCACCGAAUGCCAUUUUGUAUAAAUGUAUAAAGAAAGCCUAAUUUAUUUCCCCUCGAAAUAGAGCGUACUUAACUCAAUUAAGUAACACAACCGCAGAUGUAAUCGGACUUGAAUGUCAAAAGGCUGUAUCGAUUUCUGAAUAACAACGAGACGCCCCCUCCUCUUAUGCAUCCGUUAUUUCAUGUUUUCCAUUAGUGCAACGGGAAUGACACUUGCAUAAGCAGCAACUUGUGCCGAGUAAAUUUUAUUGUAGAAGCAGAGAGAUGCGAGAGAGAGAGAGAGAGAGAGAGAGAAAAGGA